UAUGAUAGGGGCCUGAGUAUUAAAAUAAAGAUGCUACGCCCAUAGUCUAGGAGCAUAUAUUGGAUUAAAAUGACAAUUGUGGAAAUGCAAACAACAACAAAGCAGGAACACUAACAGAAGCAAACGCAGCUAAAAGAAGAAUCUCGGUCCUUAACUGCUAUAAUAAGUGUGGCACUGAAGAUGGAAAAGCACUUAAUCUCUCAAGUAGAACACAGACUCGCUUACUCAUACUUGGACGGAUUCAACUCAGAAUUGGGCUUUGUUCCUAAAGUUUUUUUUGGCGGGAUUAAUGUUUUCCUUUGGCGGGAGGAUUUUUGGGUAUUCAAAUUUCAAAAGGAUUUACUUUUACUUUUCCCGCCCGGUUCCAUAUUCUAUAAAUUCUGAGCGAGAGGAAGAGAGAGAGAGAGAGAGAGAGAGCAGUCCAAUACAGAUUGACAUUCCAGAGAGAGGGUAACUUUUAGGAUCAAGUGUUAGGGUUUGGACUUUCAAGUUAAUUUUUUGCUGAGAAAAAUGAGGGUCUGUGGUAUAUUAUCAGAAGAUGAAAUUCUCAACAGUGGAGGAGGAGAAAGAGGAAGAAAGAGAAAAGCAGAAUUAUCAGAUGGUGAGUCGAACACCAUGAAGCCUCUUCCGAGAGGGGGAAUCACAUCAGAGACCCCUUCUUCCUUCAACAACAUUCACAUAUGUGGAGGUUCAUUUGGGCAACAACUUGGUGAUGAUGCUGUUGCUGAUGAUACGGUGAGUUUUCUAUUCUUAACUGUACAGGAAAAAAGUAGACUUUACUAUGGAGAGUAUGAUGAGAGUUCAAAACCUUGUAUGGAACUUGAAAUUGUUAAUCAUCCUCACAUUAAGAAGCGUUUUGGUACAAGUGAAAUGGUAGGGUCUUGUAAUGGAUUAGUUUGUUUCUCUAUACCUUAUACGUACGAAGUUGAUGAUCCUAUAUACAUCUGUAAUCCCAACACUGGAGAACAAAUUAGUCUUCCACGAUUCACAGCAAUGUCUAAAAAUAAGAACAAUGUCGAGUUUAAGAAAACAACUUAUUUAGAUGGUCAUAUUGUGAGUGGGUUUGGGUACAAUUCUGUCACUGAUGAAUACAAAGUAGUUAGAAUCUACUAUGCGGAGUCACAGAGCUUAGACCAGCCUAAGGGUCAAGUCCAGGUUUAUACGCUUGGUAGUGGAAGUGGAUGGAGAAACGUAGGAGAAUGCCCUUACUCAUUACUACGUUUCGACUUGUCAGAUCAUGUCCGUGCAUGUUGUGUUCCUUACAGUAACCGAAGCGCAAUUCAUAUCCCAACUCGGGGAGUCCUCACAAAUGGUGCUCUUCAUUGGUUUGACGAAGAUUGGAAUGUUGCAGCAUUCAAUUUGGCGGACGAAAAGUUCAGUAUGCUCCCAUCACCGCCUUGUUUUUGUCCCGGUGAGAAAAAGUUCUAUGUGCUUCAAGUAUUGCAGGGGUGUUUGUGUGUUGUUAAUGACCAGAAUGGUAAAAGCCUUGACAUAUGGUCAUUCAAGAAGGAGAGUAAUGAAUGGGCAAAGAUGUUUGGCAUAUCAUGUCAGUCAGAUAAAUUUAUUGAUGUUUAUUGGCCAAUUUCCCUGACACCAAGUGAAUUGCUCUUCGCACCAUUACCAUGGCCCUUGAUUGAAGCCAUACCUCAUGUCAACAGCUCUGUUUCAUUGAAGGCUCUAGGAGAGAAGUCUAAGAAAAUAGUAAGAGCGGUGGAUAUUGAUGAUUAUGAUUUAAUCAGUGAUUAGCACAUAUAGCUGCAGGGGUUAGAAGUAAAAGGAAUGUUGAAGGUUCUUUUUUUGUUGUUGAACUGUUUUUUGUAAUGCUUUUCUUGUUUGGAUGAGCAACACAUUCUGUCUUUUUGAGUGAGACAUGCUUCACCAUAUCUCUUGCUGGAGUCCUUCAGAUGCUUUUUUUCGGAUCAUAUCAUCUUUAUCUGUUAGUAGAUAGUCACAGCAGGGGAAAAUGUGGUACUGACAUAUUUUCCUCACUUUAUGAAAUUUACUUGGACAGUUUGACCGAAGUAUUACUUAAUGUGUAUCUUGUGGCUU